AUGACAUCUCUGGAUACACCAAUUAAGUCUGUCAAUAUCUCUAACAGUGACAUCACUGGACUGUAUUAUAUAUCUCUCACCGUGACAUCACUGGAUACAUCUAUCCAUAACUGUGACAUCACUGGACUGUAUUAUCUAUCUCUCACCGUGACAUCACUGGAUACAUCUAUCCAUAACUGUGACAUCACUGGACUGUAUUAUAGAUCUCUCACCGUGACAUCACUGGAUACAUCUAUCCAUAACUGUGACAUCACUGGACUGUAUUAUAUAUCUCUCACCGUGACAUCACUGGAUAGAUCUAUCCAUAACUGUGACAUCACUGGACUGUAUUAUAUAUCUCUCACCGUGACAUCACUGGAUACAUCUAUCCAUAACUGUGACAUCACUGGACUGUAUUAUAUAUCUCUCACCGUGACAUCACUGGAUACAUCUAUCCAUAACUGUGACAUCACUGGACUGUAUUAUAUAUCUCUCACCGUGACAUCACUGGAUACAUCUAUCCCUAACUGUGACAUCACUGGACUGUAUUAUAUAUCUCUCACCGUGACAUCACUGGAUACAUCUAUCAUAACUGUGACAUCACUGGACUGUAUUAUAUAUCUCUCACCGUGA